CAACAAAAUACAUCUUUCAGUCAGUUGAAAGGUGGAAGAAUUGGAAUCCAUCAAGGUGUCAAAAUAAAUCGUGUCUAGCAAUAAAUAAAUUUGAUAAAGUGUAUAUUGUAGGCGUAAGAAAAUGAUUAAACUAUUUUCCUUAAAACAACAAAAAAAAGAUGAGGAAGGGUCAGCAAGAGCUGGAGGUUCACAAAAAAAAGCCUCUGCAGCGCAAUUGCGAAUCACGAAAGAUUUGAAUGAAUUAAAUUUGCCUAAGACGUGCAGUACAGAAUUUCCAGACCCAGAUGAUUUGCUAAAUUUCAAGCUUAUAAUAUGUCCAGAUGAAGGAUUCUAUAGAGGAGGGAGAUUUGUAUUUAGUUUUAAGGUAGGCCCUAACUACCCUCAUGAACCGCCCAAGGUUAAAUGUGAAACGGCUGUCUACCAUCCUAAUAUAGAUUUAGAAGGCAAUGUAUGCCUCAAUAUACUACGAGAAGACUGGAAACCUGUCCUUACUGUUAACUCAAUAGUUUAUGGACUUCAAUAUUUAUUCCUAGAACCAAAUCCUGAAGAUCCCCUAAAUAAAGAGGCGGCAGACGAACUGCAGAGCAACAGAAGACUGUUUGAACAACACGUGCAGCGAGCUAUGCGCGGCGGCUACGUCGGUACAUCAUACUUCGAAAGAUGUCUUAAAUGAAAACUGUCGCUGUAAAUCAAUGCUCCAAACUAUAUAAAUAAAUAAAUUAUAAUCUCAUUUCAUAAUUGUAA